AGUAGUAUGCAACGAAAACCAUAUCAAUAGCUUAUGAGAUGAACUCGCACUAUCUAAGCACAUCGCGAAGCAAUCCCCAAUUUUAUACAUUCUCCCAGUUAUUUGAGCAUACUGAGAGCACUGCCAACGGCGUUCAGUUGGAGUCCCAGUGGAAGGAUCAGACACAGCAAACUGCUUGGAUUGAGUUUUGGCAACGAGAGGGUCAUGAGCUGCUGGAACAAAAGUGGCAUAAACAUUAUCCAGAAUACAAGCAGCAGAUUGAAGAAGCUACAGCUGCAGAGCGAGCAACUUGGGAGGAGUUGUGGCAGCAACACGCCAGUAAGCAAAGCGAACACUUUUGGCAUAUUUUCACCUGUGCCUUUGAAAACUACGAAAACGAUCUGUUUAAUGGACUAGGAGACGUUGAUCAACCUUUAUCAAAUGUUAAUGAGCAUUUGGCGGAUUUAAAUAUUGAUCAAGGUGUAGAGAAUCCGGAGAGUUGUGACGAACUGUACUUCUCCGCCAACGACGAUCCCUACUCACUGGACGAGGAGCAGCAGCUAAAAUUGCUUGGUUUACCCACAUCCUUUGGUGCCCCACUCGCCAGAAAGCAACGUAAACCAAAGCCGCAGUCUGUGUCUGAUAGUGAGUCUGAUAGUGAUAACGACUCGACUUUAUUAAUCAUGUCUAAGGACACAGACAAGGACUUAGCGCUGCACUCGGUGCAAUCUCGGAGCAUCAAGAAAAAGAAGCGCCAAAAGGUACCAAACGGUAGAAUCCCAGAGUUUAUGCAGAACAGCACCAUGUUAAAGUAUUGGUUCAAGCGUUUCUCACUGUUUUCACGCUUUGAUCGGGGCAUACUUUUGGAUCAUGAAAGCUGGUUUUCCGUGACGCCAGAGAAGAUUGCCAAGCAGACGGCACUUCGACUAUCCGGCGAUAUCGUUGUGGACGCCUUUUGCGGAUGCGGCGGCAAUGCCAUACAAUUCGCCAACACCUGCGAACGAGUGAUUGCCAUUGAUAUCGAUGCCAACAAAUUGGCCAUGGCAAAGCACAAUGCCACCAUUUAUGGUGUAGCCCACAAGAUUGAGUUCAUACAUGCGGAUUUUAUGCAAUUCGCAAACAGCACACGCCUGCGUCCCAAUGUUGUGUUCCUCAGUCCGCCCUGGGGUGGGCCGGGAUAUCAAAAGCAGGCCACAUUCGAUAUUGAGCAGCAUCUGCUGCCACUAGGAGCCACGCAGUUGAUGCAACAUGCGAGGCGACUGUCGGACAACAUUGGCAUCUUUCUGCCUCGCAGCUCGAAUAUAAAGCAGGUGAUUGCCCUUUCACAUGUGGGCGGGCAGUGUGAGGUGGAGCACAAUUAUCUGGAUACGCGUUUGGUAGCCAUUACGGCGUACUAUGGCAGCUUGGUGAAGAAUCAGCAGCCGGAAGAGAAGACAAAUGAUGAAAGCACAAAAUAAUAUAUAAGUUUGCCAAACCGAAUGACAGUGAAAUGGAAUUUUAUUAAAGGAAGUAUGUUUUACAACUUUGAUUUUUAUCUUAGUUUUAAGAAAUAUAUCACUAAUUUAUAUAUCUACUUGCAUAUUUAAUGUUGAAUUCUUAUUUGUAUCUCUUUCAUUGUUAGCAACUUUGUCGAAACAAAUACAAAGCAAAAGUGCUGUAACCACAUUGAUAACGACUUGACUAAUAAA